AUGCUUGUAGAAGAAGCAGAGUUGACAAUUUAUUUGAAUCCAAAUGCUGACCUUAGACGUCGUAUUGCUAUACCUAGACACAUAUUUGAAACUCCUAGUGAAUUGAGAAUAUUGGGAACCCUUGCAAGAUGUGAGGAUUCCAUAUCAGCACAAGCGAAUGUUUGGUUUUGUAACAUUUUUCAUCCAGUGACUGUGAAGCACAUUUUGGCCAGAGGAAACCCCCAUUACAUUUGUGAUUCACGUGUACUUGUUAAAAUCGAUAAGGAGAAGGGAAAAGUUCCUGACAAGAGGCAAUACCUGCAACAAAAGUUAGAGAAGGUGAACUUUUCUUCAUGUUCAAGUCCUUCAGGGCUUGACUCUAGAGAGCCAUAUGACCCUCAUGUUGGGGCAAAGAUGUUCUACAAUGCUCCUGAGAUGAUGUUGAGAAGGGAACUUGAAGAGCAAGCUGAUCUCCAGCAUUCUAUUGAACUGCAAAGGAGAAGGUUGGUGAACUUGCAACUUCCAGACUUCAAGAAAGAUGGCAUUCAUCAUCACCACUGCGGCCUAUUGGUUGGUGCUUCUGUUUCCUUGCCUGCUCAUUCCCAUGACAGUCAAAAUGUUCCCCCAUCAGACAGCAUUAAAACAGAAGUCUCGAAAGGUUUCUAAUCAGCCUCAGUUGUU